AUGGCAUUCAAGGCUGUGGCUUUCUGCGUGUUUGCAGUUUUGGUUCAGCAGUCUCUAGCUGGGCCGUAUUACCGACCAAAAUCUAGUGGUCAAGUGAUUGUCAAAGAUAUUGAUGAAAUCGAAGAGAUAUCUUAUAAGCCCAUCAAAAGUUACUCAAGCAACUGCGUGUCUAUCGAUAUCCCGAACAAUGGAGGGGCCCUGGCUAUUACCAGCAUCGGUGCCAUCGCACCCUCCGGCAUCGCCGUCGCCACGGACCUGGGCCUCGCCGGAGACCUGGUGCUCUCCGGCGAGCUGCCGUACCUAAGCGCGGUGGCGUUCGAGGGCAACUUCGACACCAGCGGCGCCGUGCCGGUGGCGUACGGCUGUGGGGACUGUGUCGCCAUCACGCAGGAGCUCGGCAACCCGAGCGGCGUCAACGCUAACCUCAACUCUGGCUCGUCCAAGAUUAUCAGCUGCGGUUAUGACAAAUACUAAAAAAACA